AUGGCCGGCGAAGGAGACAAAGAUGUGAAAGUCUCGUCCGGAGUCUCGCCAACCUCGUUCCCAAUGACGAUCAUAUACACGAAGAAGGUCACCACUUCAGGAUACUACGGCGGAUUCUUCCAGUUCCUCUGCAGGUGGAAAGGGAGCGUGUACAAGUCGGUGUGGAAGGAUGUCCUCCUCUGGCUGCUGUCUUACUAUAUCCUCCGCGUCACUUACACGGGGAUCCUCUCUGAAGAGGGACGAAAGAACUUCGAGGACAUGGUGCUCUACUUCCGCAGCUACGACGGGAUCCGGAUUCUGGUCUUCCUCCUCGGCUUCUACGUGAGCAUCGUGGCAGGGCGGUGGUGGGAGCUGUGGAAGGCGAUCCCGUGGUCGCUCGACCCGGCCACCAUCGUCGCCACGUAUCUACGGUCCGGCGAUUCGGAGAUGGCGUUGAAUUAUCGUUUGGCGAUAAUGCGCUACAUCCACCUGGGAGUCAUCAUCUGCAUGCAAACCCUGAGCACCCGAGCCGAGAGGCACUUCGGGGAACUGGAAGACCUCCUAGACGAGCAAUGCCCCUCCUGCAGAUCUGCAGAAGGAAAGGCAUCGCAUCAUGGCACUCCUUGCCGCAGCGACGAACCGGGCUACAUCCCGCGCAUGCUGACGGAGGAAGAGAAGGAUAUCCUGGAGAAUUUAGGCCGUCUCUACGGGAGCAAGAAGCCACCCUAUUGGAUCCCGAUGGUGUGGGCGUGUCGCUUGGCGGAGGACGCCAUGAGGGCGGGGCUUUUGGACACGAACCUGGGGCUUCAGAGCAUCAUCUCAGAGAUCCGUGGCGUCCGAACUCGACUCGGACAGUGUCGGGACAUGGAAAAUAUCAACAUCCCGCUCGUUUACACCCAGCUUUCAAAAAGUGAGACAUCGUGGGAACGCUGCUACAACUACGAUGCUAAAAGUUCUUCUGUGAUCAAGGUGGUGACCAUGGGGUGCUACACGUGGUGGAUCGUGUCUCUCAUUGCGAGCCAGUUCAUAGAACAGGACGGGCUGGACAUCUAUUUCCCGGUUUUCUCGGUCUUGCAGUCGCAUAAAGGGAAAGGAAAGGGAAAGAAACCUGACACGAACGGCGUCAACCACAAGAAGUACCCGACCGACUUCCACCGACUCUACGAGUAG